UAUUUUGCAUUCGACUCAUUCUACUAUUGGCCAUGGCGGAAGAUGUAGUAUGGAUUCUGAAUUAAAAUCAAAAUAUUGCAAUAUCACGAAUGAAACUAUUAUGGCAUAUUUAAAUCUAUGCACACAUUGUCAAAAAAAGUCGUCAAAUCCUAAAAGAGGCUUAGUUUCAAAACCUAUUUUACAUUCCACUUUCAAUUCAAGAGCUCAAAUCGAUUUAAUUGAUAUGCAAUCACAAAAUAUUAAUGGAUUUCGCUUCAUUUUAAAUUAUCAAGACCAUCUUACGAAAUUCGUGUUACUUAGAGCUUUAUCGAGUAAGCGUGCGGAAGAGAUCGCAAACAAUUUGUUGGAUAUUUAUACAACUUUCGGGGCGCCAGUCAUUCUACAUUCUGACAAUGGCCGAGAAUUUGUUAAUUCAAUAAUUAUUGAGCUCCAUUCCAUGUGGCCAGAUGUAAAAAUAGUACAUGGCAAACCUAGACACAGUCAAAGCCAAGGGUCUGUAAAGAGAGCUAACCGCGACGUUGACAGAGCCCGUGGAUCCUCACGAAAUUUAUUAGCAGUUAUUGCUAAUGUUGAUAACGGCUUUUAUAAAUUAUGUACCGAAAAUGGUUUUCUUAAACACAAGUAUACGAGAUCUCAAUUUAUGCCAUGCAAAGAAAUUUUACUUGAUCUCAAAACCCUGCUUGAAUCAUCUAAAGAAAAAGAGAUUACAUUUCGAGAAGCAGCAGGAUGUAGUAGUCUUAUGGGUACACAAGACUAUCAAAGAUGUCACUAUAAGAUGAAGAGUAAAACAAAUAAAUGUACCUGUCGAGUAGUUGGGAAAUUAUGCAAUUCGAAAUGUAACAGUUCAUUAUCAUGUGAAAAUAAAUAA